AUGAAGCGGGUGGAAAUUUAAGGUGACCAUCAAUGGACCGACCAUAAGGCUGUUUCUACCUGUUGCUGGCAACAUGAUACAACACAACUCUCUCUCUCGCAAGUAUCAGUCGAUGAGAUUGAGGGCCCCUUCUGCUUUUGAGCUUUUUCCAUGAGUGGGCGGUGCUGUGCUGUUCAUCUCCGCCGCCCUACCCGUAUGCAUUCCCCGUAGAUAGAAAGCAAGCUUCGUCGGAGCCCUAGCGGACUCGCGUUCCCCGUCGAACCUCUCUGCCCCGGUCUCCCGCUGCUCCCGGCCUUCUACGCCUUGUUCGCUGGACAUCUCAGGCUUCGUCGGAGCCCUAGCGGACUCGCGACCCCCGUCGAACUUCUUUCCCAGUCUCCCGCUGUUCCCAGCCUUCUUCGCCCUUCUCGCCGGACAUCUUAGGCUUCGUCGGAGCCCUAGCCGACUCGCGACCCCUGUCGAACCCCUCUCCCAGUCUCCCGCUGCUCCCAGCCUUCUUCGCCCUGUUCGCGGCCAUCUCAGGCUUGCUCGACGACGAUCUUGGCUAGGCUCCAAGCCUCUUCUAUGUAGAAGAGUUCAAUCAAAGCUCUUCUUUGAGUUGUCUCGAAGGGUCGAAAUAUUUGGGUCUUUGCUCAACAAUAUGAUCGACCAGGAUAGCUUGUGGAGCUGUCAGUUUGGGAUAAUUUUUUUGUUUUAAUAGGCUGAAGCAUUGUUCUGUUGCACCUUCAUUCGGGAUGGUGGUUUGUUGAUUUUCUGCAUUAUAUAUAUUUUACAUGAGGUCACUUUGAACUUAAACUCUUUCUUUCGGUGCUGUGCUGAGCAAAAUAGCUGCAGCAGAGGUAAAGAUUUUUUGAUUGGCCAUGGAUCAAUCAGAACAGCAGCAGCAGCCCCCGCAACCGCAGCAGCAGCAGCAGCAGCCUGUGGUUGGAAUUGUUGCAGGGUCAAGUCAAAUGGCCUACUCUACUUCUCCAUACCAAACUGCUCCCAUGGUGGCUACUGGAACUCCUGCUGCAACCAUCCCUUCCCCAGCACAGCAUCCCACCACUUACCCAUCUCAGCAUCAACUUGCCUACCAAGCUCAACACUUCCUCCAUCAACAGCAGCAGCAACAGCUUCAGAUGUUCUGGGCUAACCAACUGCAAGAAAUUGAGCAAACAACUGACUUCAAGAAUCAUAGUCUCCCGCUUGCUCGGAUCAAGAAAAUAAUGAAAGCUGAUGAGGACGUCAGAAUGAUUUCAGCAGAGGCUCCAGUCGUAUUUGCAAAAGCAUGUGAGAUGUUCAUCUUGGAGCUGACUUUGCGCUCUUGGAUACACACAGAAGAGAAUAAGAGACGAACGCUUCAGAAGAAUGAUAUUGCAGCUGCCAUUUCAAGGACAGAUGUCUUUGAUUUUUUGGUGGAUAUUAUUCCUAGAGAUGAGUUAAAAGAGGAAGGACUUGGGGUCACCAAGGCAACUAUUCCAGUGAGUGACAAUAUUCCAUACUACUAUGUCCCUCCCCAGCAUCCUGUGGGGCCAACAGGGAUGAUGAUGGGAAAACCAGUUGAUCAAGCAGCACUCUAUGCUGCCCAGCAGCCCCAGCCACCUGUGGCUUUCAUGCCACCUUGGCCUCAUUCUCAGCCUCAGCAACAACAAACUCAACAGCCGCAAACUGACCAAUGAUGGCAGGAUCCUGGUAAGGGAAUGGCUGUGAUCAAACUUGUUCCAUUCAGAUGCAUGCUCAGGAUGAAAUUCAGCUGUGCCUUUCAUCAUUAGUGAGUUGUAGUUUUAGUGCUAGUGGAUAAGCAUGAUGGUAGAACUUGUAGCUAUGGAUGAUGCCAAGUCAAUCGUAAGACAGUUGUAUCUUGUAUGGGUUUCCUCUUAUUUUGGAAGUACAUGUUACUCUUGUGAAUGGGGGAAGAGGAUGGGUUGUGUUAUUGAAUUGAUCUGUCUAAGCAAGAAUCAAGUUCUUGGUUUGUAUUGGUGAUAAGACGCUGCAAUGCUGUAUUAGAAAAUGGCCAUGGGUUUUUUGCACCGGUUA